AACUAGAACAACGCACUGGCAGCUUGGGAAAAUACAAGGUGUUUGCCUGCUUUAUCAACCGAGCGUACGCCAUUUUACUUACAAAAGGUUUGCACUAUCGUUCGUCAACAAUGUAAAGCGGAUGGUGCAAUGUUUGUUCGAUUUUUCCAGUGUUUGUGAUGUGUGUGUGGUGUUUUAUACCCAGGAUAAAAUACUAGGAUAAUGGAGGAGCCCAACGAGGACUCUAGGGUCGUUCCCGAACUCUACUUUCUGAUAGCGAAAUUUCUUUCGGGCGGUCCGCUGACGGAAACUGCAAAGACAUUGUUAAAAGAGCUCGAGAGCGUAGAGGUCCUACCCCGCCGCCUUGACUGGCAGGGCGACGAGCACUCACAGUCGUACAAUGAAUUGGCAGCGCAGUACAGCGACGUGCCAUGGCACCGUCUGGCAGCAGUAUGCGCGAGCGCAUUGCGUCUCGCUCCCUCGCCUUCGACGAGCCGUCUCCCUCUCGCUCCCGCUCCAUCGCUGCGCGUGCGACUCUCGUUGCUCGGGGAUGCGUUGGUUCGGACCAGACCGAAAUAUUCAGCGUUCAAGAAGGAUCAUACGCUCGCCCGCCGCUUGCUCUCCCGUGAGCUUGGAGGCAUCAUCGAAGGCCGAAAGACAGCGCCCCGGGCGCCGGCGGCGCAGCUCCUGCCACAAAGGCUGCUUGGAGGCCUACAGUUACGACGGAGGACCCUGGGGCAUCUUUCUGCUGUCUAUUGUCUGGCAUUUGACUGCUCUGGUCGAUAUGUUGUAACUGGCGCCGACGAUCUUUUAGUAAAAGUAUGGAGCGCGUACGACGGGCGCCUGAUCGCGACGCUCCGCGGCGCCGGCGCCGAGAUCACCGACGUGUGCCUGUCGCGCGACGGAGCCCUGCUGGCGUGCGGCAGCGUCGACAGACUCGUCAGGGUGUGGUGCCUCGCUACCGGCGCUCCGCUGGCUGUCCUGCACGCGCAUGCUGGAACCAUUACGUCUGUCCACUGGUCGCCCUGGGCGCGCGGCGACGUCCGCUGGCUCGCGUCCACCUCCACCGACGGCUCAGUGGCCUUCUGGACAUGUUCCCGCGACGGCCAGUUCCUGUCCCAGCCUGUUCAGUACAUGGAGAGGAUGCGACCAGGCGCCUGCCACAUGAUAUGUGCUGCCUGGUCUGCUGGAGGAGCGUUCUUAGCUGCAGGGUCGCAGGAUCAUCAUGUCAGGGUGUACAUGGUUGACGGCGAAGGCGGCGGGCCCCGCAGAGUCCUGGAGACGGCCGUCCACUCGGAGGCGGUGGACAGCCUGGCCUGGGCGCACCGCGGGCUGCGCUUCGUGUCGGGCUCCAAGGACGGCGCCGCCUGCGUGUGGGCGCUGCACGCCUCCGCCUGGCGCCAUACCGUGUUACACUGUGCCGUCCUGGAGACGGCUGUCCACUCGGAGGCGGUGGACAGCCUGGCCUGGGCGCACCGCGGGCUGCGCUUCGUGUCGGGCUCCAAGGACGGCGCCGCCUGCGUGUGGGCGCUGCACGCCUCCGCCUGGCGCCACACGGUGCUACACUGUGCCAGUCUAGAUGACGCAGGCAAGGAUGACGGCAAGAAAUUAAAGGUCACAAUGGUAUGCUGGGACUUAAGCGAUGCUUACAUCAUCACAGCUGUCUCCGACUGCUCCAUUCGAGUGUGGUGUUCCCGCACGUGCGGCAUGGUGCGAGUCCUAAGAGGCCACAAAGACGAGGCCUAUGUACUGGAGGCCCAUCCGUUAUUACCUGGCGUUCUGCUGUCCGCAGGCCACGACGGCCAGCUGUUCGUAUGGGACGCUAGCACUGGCGAGAUCCUAGCCUCUUUCCUGAACAAAAUCGAAGGGCAAGGGGAAGGCGCGAUCUUCGAUGCGAAAUGGGGCGGCGGCUGCGCCCUGGCCGCCGCUGACGCCCACGGACACCUCCUGCUGCUGUCAGUGGCCUCAGGACCGAAGCUGAUGUCCAAGCUGCCUCCGGAGCUGUUCUUCCACACGGACUAUCGGCCUCUGUUGAGAGACGCUACUGGAACAGCUCUUGAUGAGCAGACCGAGAUCCCCCCGCACCUGAUGCCGCCGCCCUUCCUGGUGGACGUGGAGGGCGCGCCGCACCCGCCGGAGUAUCAGCGCCUCGUACCGGGCCGCGAGAACCUGGCGCUCGACCAGCUCAUCCCCCUCGCCGACGCCAGGAGCCGCAUCGACGUCAUGAUUGAGGCUUUAGCGGCCGAGCGGACUCCCGGCCUAGUCAACGGCCUCGGCUUCGGCGGUGGCGGCGUGUGGCGGAACGAGGGCGUCCGGCACACGGCGGGCUCGUGGCAGCGCGACGUGCCCGUGCCGCCCUCCUCCCGCCCGCUCGUGGCGCCCCCGCCCGCCGCCGUCACCGCGCGGCAGCACCAGCAGGGAUCGGAGAUGAACGCCUUCGAGCUGGCGUGGUACCGGCGCGAGAUGCGGCGGCGCCCCAUCAUGAUCAGCACGGCGCCCGAGCCGCAGCGGCGCCGCGCGCGCCCCAGGCCGCGCCCCAAGCCGCAGGCGCAGCCUGUCCGGCGAGUUGUGGAAGAGCCGUCAGCGCUAGAAGUGGUCAGCUCGGACAAUGACACCUCCGACGAGUCCGUGCGGCUGUCCCGCUCGCACUCGCGCUCCUCUCGCUCGCGGUCUCACUCUCGCUCGAGCCGGUCCUCCUUGGAUCUCACUGACUCUAGUUCACAUUCAGGAAGCAAAAGUGGCAAUUCGUCAUCGUCAGCAUAUUCAGACUGGGAGGCGGGCGCUGCUCUGGCGCCGCCCACCCGCGCUCGGCGACGCCCCGUGGCUGCUAGACGAUACAGUCCCAGCGUGUCGGCUCCGAAGCGUCCGGCAGCCACCAACGGCGCCGCCGCGUCCGGCUCCGGGUCCGGCGCGGCGCCGGCGCCGGCCGACCUGCCGGAGCUGUACCGGCCCGGCGAGUGGCUCACGGCCGUGUCGCCGCGCAAGGCGCCCUACCACCCGCAGAUGGGCGACGCCGUCGUGUACUUCAGGGUGGGUCACCAAAAAUACUUAGAAGCUGUGUCAGAGAAAGAUUUGUAUCCUGUUUUGCCGCGGGAUCGGCCGUGGGAGAAUGCUCAUGUCUACGACUGCGAGGCGGCUAAAGUAGUAGGCAUCAAGUACGCCAUCAAGCCGCCGCGUGUGGCGUGCGUGCGGCUGGCGUGUUCCCUGCCCCGCCCAGUCGGCAGCUCCACGGCGACCGGCGGCGGCAGCAUCGUCGUCGUAUACCACGACAUGCCUGACGUCAUUGACUUCCUAGUGCUCCGCCAGCAGUACAGCGCGGGCUGCGCGCGCGGCUGGACGCAGGGCGAUCGUUUCCGCUGCAUGAUCGACGACUCGUGGUGGACGGGCGUGGUGCUGGAGAACACGUCCGGCGCGUCGGGCGACGCCGGUCCGGUGCCGGACGAGCCGGACGCGGCGGCCCGCUGGGCGCGGACCGCCGCCGCCAACUUCCUGUCGCUCAAAGUGCGCUGGGACAACGGCGAGGUGGAGAGACUGUCGCCGUGGGACCUGGAACCCAUGGACCCUGAGAGAUUACCAUCAGCGCCCGGCGGCGCCGUCCCAGUGUUGCCUCACGAGCUAGAGGCAGUCUUGUAUAAAGCCGAGGCGAGCGAGUGGCCCCCGCGAGGCGACCGCGCCGCCGCGUGCCGCGCUAUAGCCCACCAUCUCAACCUGGUGAUGUCCCUAUCUGCGGCGGAGCCCUUCGUAGCGCCUGUGGAUCUGCAGUUGUACCCCACGUACGCGCUGGUCGUGCCCUACCCCAUCGAUCUCAGCACCAUUCGGUCUAGGUUCGACCACCUGUUCUACCGGCGAGCGGCGGCCGCGCAGUUCGACGUACGCUAUCUAGCGAGCAACGCGGAGCGCUUCAACGAGCCACACUCGCCCAUCGUCCGCCAGGCGCGGCUUAUAACAGACUUACUGCUCUAUAUUAUCAGCCACUGGCGCGAAGUAGAUGUGGUGGCGAAGUACCACGAGCUGGCCGCCGCCUAUCGCUCCGAGGAUGACGAACCUGCGCCCAGUCAGCCCACUAAGUCUCGUCGCGCCCGUGGUCGUGCCGGCUCCAUAUCGUGGCGCGCUGCGUGCACCCGCGUGCUGCAGGAGCUGACGGGCUCCACCGACGCCGGGCCCUUCCGCGAGCCCGUGUCGCUGGAACAAGUGCCAGAUUACCUAACCAUAGUGAAGAACCCCAUGGACCUUGGCACCAUAUCACAGAAGUUGGCUGCCGGCCGGUACUCCCGCCCGGCACAAGUGCACCGCGACCUCGCGCUCGUGUUCCACAACAGCAGGCUGUACAACACCAACAAGCGGAGCAGGAUCUACUCAAUGACGGUCCGCUUAUCCGCGCUGUUCGCUGCGCUGUGGGAAGCCCACGUGCCCGCCGCCGCCGCCGCCUCCGCUUCCGGCUCCGCUACGCGCGUGACGCGCCGCGCGCGCCGCAAGCGCAUACAAUCACACGCAGAAAGCAUGAACGGCGACAUCGUGUCCCAACCGCCGUCUCCUGCCCGGCCCGACCUCGAGCUGAACUCGGACAGCUCCUCGUCGGAGCCCCUCGCCGCGCUGGCGCAGGCGCGCCUGCAGCACCCGGACUCCUCUGACAGCGAUGUGCCCCUCCGGGCACACAGGAAAGGUGAGAUACUGCCCGCUGACAGUAGGAUAGGUGACAACAUGAACGGCGACAUCGUCUCCCAGCCGCCAUCUCCCGCCCGGCCCGACCUCGAGCUGAACUCGGACAGCUCCUCGUCGGAGCCCCUCGCCGCGCUGGCGCAGGCGCGCCUGCAGCACCCGGACUCCUCUGACAGCGAUGUGCCCCUCCGGGCACACAGGAAAGGUGAGAUACUGCCCGCUGACAGUAGGAUAAGUGACAACAUGAACGGCGACAUCGUCUCCCAGCCGCCAUCUCCCGCCCGGCCCGACCUCGAGCUGAACUCGGACAGCUCCUCGUCGGAGCCCCUCGCCGCGCUGGCGCAGGCGCGCCUGCAGCACCCGGACUCCUCUGACAGCGAUGUGCCCCUCCGGGCACACAGGAAAGGUGAGAUACUGCCCGCUGACAGUAGGAUAAGUGACAACAUGAACGGCGACAUCGUCUCCCAGCCGCCAUCUCCCGCCCGGCCCGACCUCGAGCUGAACUCGGACAGCUCCUCGUCGGAGCCCCUCGCCGCGCUGGCGCAGGCGCGCCUGCAGCACCCGGACUCCUCUGACAGCGAUGUGCCCCUCCGGCCGCCAUCUCCCGCCCGGCCCGACCUCGAGCUGAACUCGGACAGCUCCUCGUCGGAGCCCCUCACCGCGCUGGCGCAGGCGCGCCUGCAGCACCCGGACUCCUCUGACAGCGAUGUGCCCCUCCGGCCGCCAUCUCCCGCCCGGCCCGACCUCGAGCUGAACUCGGACAGCUCCUCGUCGGAUCCCCUCGCCGCGCUGGCGCAGGCGCGCCUGCAGCACCCGGACUCCUCUGACAGCGAUGUGCCCCUCCGGCCGCCAUCUCCCGCCCGGCCCGACCUCGAGCUGAACUCGGACAGCUCCUCGUCGGAGCCCCUCGCCGCGCUGGCGCAGGCGCGCCUGCAGCACCCGGACUCCUCUGACAGCGAUGUGCCCCUCCGGGCGCACAGGAAAGGUGAGAUACUGCCCGUUGACAAUAGGACAGGUGACGGCAUGAACGGCGACAUCGUUUUAUCAUCGUCCACGGAGCAGAUCGAAGUGGAACAGUUGUCGAUACCGGCCGACGACGCGUCGUUAACGUACGACGACGAUUCACCCGCACAUGAACCUAGUCCAGAGAUCGAAGUGGAACAGUUGUCGAUACCGGCCGGCGACGCGUCGUUAACGUACGACGACGAUUCACCCGCUCAUGAACCUAGUCCAGAGAUAGAAGUGGAACAGUUGUCGAUACCGGCCGACGACGCGUCGUUAACGUACGACGACGAUUCACCCGCACAUGAACCUAGUCCAGAGAUAGAAGUGGAACAGUUGUCGAUACCGGCCGACGACGCGUCGUUAACUUACGACGACGAUUCACCCGCACGUGAACCGAGUCCAGAGUUCCGUCCGUCUGCGCGGCGCAAGCGAGCGCGGGGCUCCGACAGCGCGCCGUCCCCGCCGCGCCGCCACCGGCACCGGCACCGACACCGACACCGGGAGAAGCUGCCCAAGCGGACACGAGAGAGAUUCACAGACGGAUCUUCGCAGUCCAGCUCGUCAAAUUCAGAGCACACACCAGAGAGAGACGGACAGCGUCGCUACGAAUCUGACCAUUCGUACCACCCGCGCUGCUCUAGCGACGACGAACCCCUUCAGCGGUACAGAGAAAGGCAAGAAAACGACGCGUCACAAGGAGAACACUCGGGCACGAGUAGAUCGAGGCCUUCGCACAGUCGGAGAGGUGGUGUGAAGCUACGAAUCCGCAGACCGGCGGUAUACAACGAGGACAGCGAGGAGGACUCGGCGGCCGCCAUCAGCAAGCGGGCGCCGCACCACUCGCGCGCCGCGCCGCAUCACCAGCGGAGGAGGCACCACGCGGCGCAGAGUGCAGCGACCGAGGCCGCUAUGGAGGCCGGGGCGCUGCUGCUGCGGCGCUCGGCCGGCGGCGCGCCCGCCAUCGCCGACCACGACUACCUCCACUCCACCGGCCAGCCCCACGACCACCACAACGGCCACGCAUCAAGCUCCCGGGCGGAGGCCCCGGUGUCCAUCUCGUCGCGAGGCCGCGUCCGCAAGCUUACCGCCAAGGCCAGAGGCCUACUGCGAGAGUAAACACCACACGAACUUGCACAGUAUGUAAUAUGAACAUUUGAGGAGUUGGUUGGCCUGGAAGAAUGUACAAGUUGCGGAAUGUUUCUUAAAUGUUGGGAAAGUUCUCCGAAAUUUCCGGAAAUCUUGAGGGAAAAAAAAACAACGUACAGAUGUAAGGUAAUUUGCCAGUAACUGGCCACUUUUAGUAACUCGCCACCCCGAACCAAAAAUUAAUUCCAUUCACCUAUAAAUAGAAUUCAUUUUAAUAUAAGGUGGCCAGUUAUUGAAACCUUAUACUAAAAUAAACUGAUUUAUUUCAUUGACAGUAAAAAGACAAAUAUAGUUAUUUACGAUACAAGUGCGGAAAAAAGGAAAUUCGAAACGAGUGGCGAUUUAAACAAUCCCUAGUGUUUUAAAUCGACACGAGUUGCGAAUUACAUAUUCGCACGUGUAUCGUACAACGUUUUACAGUACAUAUGGCCCUUUAAACUUCUAACAUACGCACGUUGCUAUUUUACGCACUAGUGCGGGAAAAUAGGACCAUAUGUACUGUAAAAUAACUUAUGAACUAAAACAUCUAUGAAUAAUACUAAAUUAAAACGAACAACCCUAAAAAUAUCUAAAAUAAAACAAUGAAUAUAAAAACUACUGAAAGAUACUAAAAUGAAUUCUGUUUAUAGGUGAAUAUAAUUCAUUUUUAGUUUAGGGCGGCCAGUUACUAGCGAAUUACCCUAGUGCAUAAUUAUUCUCCACCGUAUUUUCACGGAAACGUACGAACGUGUCUUGUUAUCUCAGUCAGUCUCGGUACAAAAAGUACUGAGUUUGACUGAAGUAGCAGGACAAAUACGAACGUCUCCGAGAAAAUACGAUGGAAAACAAUCAUGCACUACAUCUGUAUAUCUAUAAGAAUAUGUAUGGUUCGAACCGCGCUCAGCUGUUGGCUGCCUUUUCAAUAUACUGACAUUAUGUACAGCCGCCAUCAGAUAUAUCGGAGCGACCAAGGCGCUCACAAAUAUCUGAACACGUCUCUAUUAUCAAGGCGCUAAAGUGUGUGUUCAGAUAUUUUUGAACACCUCGGCCGCUCUGAGAACUGAGCUGUAUUUGUUACACAUAUAUAUUUUUUAUAAAUGAUCUCAAGCGACAACACUACAUUUUAUCUUGGGUACCUCGUAACGCCCACAAUAUAAGAAUAACGAAACAAAUGAAAUUCGACUUUAUUUGGUUUAGAUAAGGUUCUAUUUCCAGAGAAGUAGUGUAGGCCCACAAUAUAAGAACAACGAAACGAAUGAAAUUCGACUUUAUUUGGUUUAUAAAAGGUUCUAAUUCCAUAGAAUCAGGGAUGUUGCGAAUAUUCGCAUCCGCAACCGCGGAACUUCCGCAUUAUUUUCAAAUUCCGCAUCCGCAUAAAAUCGAUGCGUAGCUUAUGCGGAUGCGGAUGUCGAACAAGUCGGUACAGGAACGUGUUAGCGGCGGCGUAAGUGCUAUGUAAUUUCGUCAUUACCUAUAACGAAAUCGUCUAGAUCCAGAAAAGUCGGACAAGUUACUGUUUAUUAAAUAUAACACCUAUAUUCUUGCUCAAGUACUAAAGGUUUCGUUUUAUUUAAAAUAAAAAUUACUAAAAUGUCAUAUUUGACGUUUUUUAAUUACCUAAUCAUGACAUCCGUAUCCGCGGAUGUGAGCCUUUAAAUAUCCGCAUCCGCGGAUGUCAAAAAAUCUGCAUCCGCAACAUCCCUGGUACAUUGUAAUGCACUUUGGGCCUUACGAGGAUUUACGUUAAACUAUAGGAGUAAUGGAAACAGCAUAAUUUUAAGAACUCGCGUCCAAUCAGUGUGAUAAAUUAAGUAUACAUAAGCUAGUUUAUUUUGUAUGUGACUUGUCUGUCCGUCUGUCUAACCACGUACGAUUUUAUCUAAUUAAAUAAUUGGAAUAUUUCACAUACAUUUUUUGUGCAAGUCUAAUAAGAACAAAACUAGAUACAUGUAUUUUAUAUGUUUCUAAAACUUAUAGGGUAAUUCGCCAGUAACUGGCCACCGGCCAAUAACUGGCCACCCUAAACUAAAAAUGAAUUCUAUUUCACCUAUAAACAGAAUUAAUUUUAGUAUAAGGUUUCUAUAACUGGCCACCCUCCAAU